GGCGGCGAGCGGAGCCCGGCGGCAGGUGGCGGCGGCGGCUCGGCCCCUUUAAGGCUACGGCUGCCGUAACCCGAUCCUCGCCGGAGCAUCCUGCGCCCGGGAAGGGCUGUCCCGUCCCCGACGCGGCGGGGAAGGCAUGGAGGAGGAAGAGGCGACGCCGCAGCCCCCGUAGUCCCGCUCCCAGGCUGAAGAACAAUGGCUUCCUUCAGCAACCUGACUAUUGGCAUUGCUGUUGCCAGUUUUACUGUAUUUCAGCUCCUGUUCCACGUUUUAAGUUCUUGGGUGUCAACACGAAUAACACCCGGUUUUAACAAUCUCAGCCAAAAAAGGAAGAUCGAAUGGAAUUCAAGGACAGUGUCCACAUUCCAUGCCUUGGUGGUUGGAGGGUUUUGCCUUUAUAUUUUAUUGUACGAUGAUGCUGUUAAUGCUGACCGUCUCUGGGGAGACCCUUCAAUUGUGAAGCUGAAUAUUGCUAUUACCACAGGCUACCUCAUUUCUGAUCUGUUGCUUAUUAUUUACUACUGGAAGGCAAUUGGUGACAAAUUUUUUGUAAUACAUCACUUGGCAGCUCUGUAUGCUUAUUAUUUUGUACUGAGCAAAGGUCUGCUGGCUUAUUUUGGAAACUUCCGUCUUCUUGCAGAGUUCUCCACUCCUUUUGUCAAUCAGCGGUGGUUUUUUGAAGUACUGGGAUAUCCCAGAUCUUCAAAGGCCAACAUCAUCAAUGGUGUGCUGAUGACAGUUGUGUUCUUCGUGGUGAGGAUUGCCGUCAUGCCUGUAUAUUACAGCCAUGUCAUUUCUUCAUUUGGAACAGAAGGUUUCCGGAGAUUAGGAUUUGCAGCCCAGAGCGCCUGGAUUAUCUCAAGUGUUGUCUUGGAUAUUAUGAAUGUGAUGUGGAUGAUCAAAAUUGCAAAAGGAUGCUACAAGGUCAUUUGUCUUAUUGGACGGGAGGAAGCGAAAACUCAUAGAAAUGGAAAAUCUGCCUAGAAAUCAUACACAAAAUGAAAUUUCUGCUAUGAAAAUAAUUUGGGUUCACUGAAACAGUGCACAUUUCUGCCAUGGAAUGCUCCUGUUAUGGAAACAAGGUAUUACCUCUGUACUGACCUUACUCUUUCCCUAGCCACACUGCCUGCACACCAAGGGCCACGCUUUGCGGAUCCUGUCCAGUGAGGAAUAAAAGCAAAAGCUCACACAAAUGAGUUCCACAUGCCUGUUCUAAGCAGUUGCAAGCAUCAGAAAUGAGAAAGGAGCAGACUGGUUACUUGCUUAUUGUCCACCAGUGUGUUCAAAAUGUUUCUCUCAGGUUUCUCCAAUUAAAAUGUUUUAUAAAUACAGUAAAUACUGACAUAUCUGUUUUUUUUAGAAAAUGAAAAAUUCCCCAAACUCCUGAUAUGGUGCAAUUUUCCAGGCACAUUUCUAUGUUUUCUUCUAGGAAUAACAAUCAAGAUUUCAUUCUUGACAACUUUUUAAUUUUUGCAAGAAAAGCUAAAAAUUUGGCUUGGAUUCUAUGAAGUCUUUUACUGCUUUUUGUUCUGCCUUAUAUGAAUGCAAACCAUUUUGGGAAAUUUAUGAAAUAAUUUUAUCUAAAAUGCUGUAUUAUAAGACCACGUGGUAUCUUAAAAGCUGUUAAAAUUCUCACUUUGAUGGGAAGGAUUCCCAUUUGCUGUGCUAGGUUACAUGCAAUAGUACAUCUUCUAAUUUCCCCAUGGAGCUUUUUUUGUAAGUUGAUGUGGUAGAUGAUGUGUGGAAAUGGCAUAGUUCUUACUGAAGUGCUUUUUCCUUUGCUGCUACUACCUUUGAGAAGUGCUGCAGUUCUUCUCAGAGUAUUUUUAACCAUUGAAUAUUUGGAUUCAAAGUUUAGUUGCAAAGAUAUAAAAAUCUUUUGUAUACGUGAUGUGUAACUUUAGCUAAUACUUCUUUCUUUUAUCACAAAAAUUACCUAUAUGAUACGAAGCAUUGAGGGGUUUUGUCACAUUUUCCUUGUUAAUCAAAUCAGAAAUCUGAGCUGUGACUAAGAACACUCUUGAAUUAACUGUGCCAAACUCUUCUAAAGCUGUAUGGUAAUUCUGUAGAAGGAACAGUUGACCUCCGUAGACACAAUAUUUUGUUUGUUUGUUUUAAACCACAUAUUUGUCAAUAGAUACUCAGUUACUCUGAACCUGAAGGCUUGGAGGUCAUCAGAAAGGAAUCUCACUAUUUAGGAAUGGUCCUAAAUCUAUCUCAUCUGUAAUACAAUUUGAGGAAAUUCUGAGUUAUGUUUAAUUUAAAAUUAUUUUGAGAGCUAUAUUUAUGUGUAAAUUUGUUUUAUUUUGCUUCUUUGAACCAGAAUUGUGACUGAUUGACUUCUGUAUUUUUCCUCGGUGUAGGUGUGCUAAAAGUGUCCAUUUUCACUGAGACAUCAGUGCACAUCCCAAUUAUUGUAGCAAUCUGUUAAAGCAAUUUAUUUUUAAACUGAAAGAUAGCAUAUUUAGCCCAUGUUGGGUGAUUAGUCCUGUUCCCUCUGACAAAGCUGGGUGACAUGAGCUCUCCCCUCCGUAGUCAGAGGUGUGAGUGCCCCGUGCUGUCGUCCCUGGUGAGGGACUCUGCUAUUCCCCUCUUCCAGAAAUGGCAUGUAAGACCCAAGAGGACUGCAUAGGCUGAAAUGCCUUUUAACCAAGGCAGCUGCAAUGAGUUUAGUUCCCCAGUUAAAAUGCUGUCAGGGAGUAUUGUUUGGACUUGUGUAAAAUGCACUUUUGAAAGCCUAGUUCCAUUGCUCAGCUCUGCAGGCUUUUUUCUAAAAGUUUCCCAAUCCUGCCUUGUUAAGGGAGAUAGCAAGGAUUGUCAGUACUUGUGUUUUUUGGAUCCCGUGGUUGUUAAUACUUCCCAGGCCUACAGACAAAAGAUCAGUUUAUGCCUUGGGAGACUUAGUAAUUAAUCUGUUGAGCUGUACAAUCUAAAUGAGCACAGUGCCUCAUUUGGAUACCAGUAAAUCCAAGUCUUUGAGAGUCGAUCCUGUGACUUGCUUUGCUCAAAGCAAUAAACUCUCUUUUAUGCUAAUUUGCAGAACGUGGUAUCUUUUGAAAGGAGAUUUCAGUGUACCUAAUGCAAAAUUUUAGAGAGGCUAUAUUUCUAUCACCUUUAUGAUUUAAAGGUGUAUAUGAAAUACUCUUUGCUUUUUAAAUCACUAGAUCCCUAUGAUUAAUAGUUUUGUAAAAGCUUGUUCCUUUCUAAAAUUCAGUAAAUCCAAACAUUCUGGGGAAGCAUGCUUGAAAAUAGAAGUCUGCUUUUCUUUUUAGGGAAGGAGGAUGAAAAAAUUGAGAAGGCUAUAUGGAGCAACUCUUAGGGUGAUAAUUCAUGAAAAGUUUCUGAAAUUUAUAAUUUCUUACAUAGACUUUAAUAUUUCAGUGUUUUAAAUAUUCUGUUCCCAGUGGAGGCCAUUUAUUAAAAUGGUCAUCUUCUUCCACUUUUAGAUAGACCUAUGUUUGAUAGGGGAAAAAAACCCAGUAAUUCAAGGUAUAAUAAAAAUGAUGUUAAAACUAGAUUUAGAAACAAAAAACAAUCCAAAACUCUGCAUACUACACUUUGGCCAACAAUUCGGGAUUGAAGGGCAUGGGAUAAUUCUUUUAGAACAGCUAAUAUUUUGGAUUGCUGCACAAAGUUAGUGUAACUAAAAAUUUAUUUUGCAAUGCAUUAGCUUUAAAUUUUAUAAUUUUUUAAAAACAUUACAAUUAUGUCCUGAUGGAUCAGAAUAAAAUUUUCUUUAUAAAAAAAAACUAUUGACAGCUGUGAUUUCACAAAGCAAAGACUUUAGUAAACAGGCAGCAAAGCUGUGAUGUACUAAAUACAGUAGUGUAUAUAGGGCACUUUUUAUCUGCCAUUAAAAGCUUAUAAUACAGCAACUUAGAUAGCUGUGGCACCCAUUUUUUAAUUGCACUUUAUUAAUUUUAAAAAUGUGGUUAAAAUACUGAUAAAAUUUAAUGUUGUAAGCUUGUGUCUUUGUUUUUUUAAUGCAAAAAUGUAAAUGCAUGAUAAUUAGCAUCAUAAAAAUGCUUUUGAAUGUAAUAUCUUUUUAGUGGCUUAAAACUUCUAUUUUUAACAGAUGCAUUUUGAAAGCAGACUCUUGGCAUGUCACCUGGUGUCUUUUCUGUGAGCAUAUCAAAUGGAAGGAGUGACUCUUGUAUAAAAUUCUUCAAUACCAGGUGAAAUAAAAUUAGCUUGCUGAUCAUGGGAGAGAUUAUUUGUACCAGUUAGGCUAUAUGUAGAAAUGCAAGUUUCCAUUUUUUUAUGGCUUUAACUUUUCAUCAAAAGUUGAUUAAAUACCAUGUUCCAAACUCUAUAGGAGAAUGGUAAGUCAGGUGUUCUGUAACUGAUUUGUGGAAUCAGUACUUGCAGAGAGGAAAUGUACUUCAAAUACUCAUUUUCUGAGUGGAUUCAGUGGAGAGUCUCACACAACAGGGAUGCUGUAUGGGUUAUCUGUGUGAAUUCUUCAGUGGUAAAGAAUUACAUCUCUGAAGCCUACUCUACCUCUAUAAAUACGUGCUAUCUUGAGUGAGCUCCAUAAUUUAAUAGCUUAAUUGCUUAAAAAACAUAAUCCAUUGAAUGAUGAAGUAUAUGCACAGGAAAAUGAGGGGAGCUGACUUCACAUAUAAAUUCUUAACUAUUCCAAAUUUUGUACUAAAGUUCAUUAAAAGUUAAAUUAGUUCACAGUGUUUGGAAGAGAAUGACUUCCAUCUUUAUUUCAGAUGUUGUGGGAGAAGAUUACUCACAUUGCAAAACAAACAACCUAAGGGUAAAGCUUACACAAGUGAGCAAAUGUAUUCAGACAGGUUUAAAGAGGAGAGGAGGAGACUUUGAAUACACACAUAGAGAUCCAGAUAUCUUCCUACUGCUGUGGUUGGGACAACAGCAGACUGAUACGUAGCAGAAGGGUUUAAAUGUUUGUGUCUCUGUUCACAAUGGAAAAGGAAACUUUAUUUUUUAAAAUUUUCAAGCUGUAUAAAAUGGAAUCCCAGUUGUUGAUUACUGUAUGAAGAGGACUUUUUCUCAUGGUCUUGUGUGUGUUUAAGCAUGUUUGUACAAGCUUUCUGUAAAAGACCUUUUAAAAGAGAAGUUUGAAAAAUUGUUUUGUGAUGCUUCUGCUGAGCCAUUCAGAGGAAAAUAAAGGGCUCCUUGACAAUUACUCCAGCUUAGGGUCUGGUGCGGUGUGGGCUGCUGCUGAAAGCCAUCAAUAAAGCAAAUAGAAAGGGACUAGAAUUUUCAGAUGAAAAAGUGUAGUAGUGCAAGUUUAGAAGACUGAAAAAAUAUUGCAAGCCCCUUUCAUAUUUUUAAUAGCCUACUGUAGAGCAGCAUUAUCUGGGCAGAAGGAGCUCCACGAGGGUAAGUUUCUUCUUGGUCAGAUUUCUCAUGUCUAUUGAAUACUGGCAGAAAAAGAACAGUACUUCAUUGCUGAUAUCCUGAUUGAUGGCAGUCAGAUGGAAAUAGUGAUAAUAUUUAUGAACUUUUAACAUUCAUCCAAGCCUGGAUAAAAUCUGUGGUAGACAGGUGAAGUUCUUAGGAUUUUCUGAAAGCAACUUUCAAGUUGUUUUUAUGACUGACAAGGUGAAAUAUGUGCUGUCUGGGUUGUUCAGAGAUCUGGAUUAAAGCAUCAAGUUGUACUUUUAGAUGGUAACACUUGGUGAGGUUUCUUAUCCAUUAAAAAUUCCUACUAGCUACCUCCUUUGAAAGUCUUGUUCUAUUUAUAAUAACCAAGCACUUUAUAGCUCAGUAAAGAAUGGAAGGUAGCUAUGAAGAAUAAAUUGUAUUGUUUGGUAUAAGAAAUAUUUUGGCAAAAUUUCUUCUGAGAACAGUUUCAUUGUGAUGUCCUACACUGAGAGGGCAUCUGUUUAAUAUGAAAUAUAUACAUUUUUAACCUAGUUGUAAGUAAAAGAAGUGUCUUUAAGAGAGUGAGGUAUGAAGUGAUCAGCAUGGCUUGGUAUCAACCACAUAAUGAUUCAGUGUGCUAUUUAUAACUUCCUACUUACUGAAAUUGAAAAUAUAAAAGCAAAUAAAAUAUUCUGUAUUGUGUCUUUAUUUUUAAUCUAUGUGUGGGAUGUCAAAUAUUGUACUUGUCUUGUGGACAGGACAUGCUUUUAUGAGCCUAUAAAUAUUUAAGUAUAUGAGAAUCUGCACCCAAAUGAAACAUGUUGCAUGUAAAUUGUCUUCUAAGUUUUUAAAUUUUGGUAUUUUUAAAAAUUUGCUAGGUUUGAAAGCAACAUUUGAGUAUGAAUACUAAGCUGUAAUACAGAAUACAAAAUUUUGAAUGCAAUGUGGUUUUGUUUAUAGUAAUCCUAUUCCAGUUUCACGAAAAAAAUCCAUCAAAUCAUAGGGGGAAGGGAAGAAAAGGGCUAAUCAUGAACUCGGCUAUAUAAUUUGCACACUUAAUAUGCAGACAUCCAAAUAUCCUGGAUUUAUUUCUAGCAUGCAUUUACGAAACAGUGUUUUCUUUAAUAUUGACAGAUACCUAUUUAUGUUGAAUAAGCACAGCUAACCUGUUAUAAAAUCAAAUUAGAAAACCUGUUUGGAACAAAUGAGUUACAAGUUAGGCAUACAUAAUGGAGCCUGUAAUUCGAAAAUGUUUAUAUAAUCUUCUAUCUAAGAAGAAACUUGAUGAGUUUAUCUAACUUAUGUGCAGAGCAAGGACAAAAACUGUAGAUUCUGCUAGAAUAAUUUCUGGUAAAUCCUGACAAUCUGGUUUGCAGCAAAUUCUAAUACUGUCACAAAAUGUCAGAAUCACAUUAUUAAAUUCAACUAGUAAUGUGACCUGAUUAUAGUAGCAAUCCUUAUCAUGGCACAAGAACUUAAAAAUGUAAUAUAACAAUUCUGAAGAUUGGUGAUAAAAGUAAUCUGUCAUAGUAAGGAGAAUUAUUAAGUAUUAUGGGUUUAAAUUUACUUUUUAUUAUAAGAAAGAAUCUGCAUUAUUUAUUAGCAUUUCAGUGAUAUUGUAAAGCAUUUCUGUAUUUUGUUUGAACAGUUUAGGAGCUUGCAUAAAAUGAUAUUGGCUGGUUUUUUUUCCCUUUGAUAUAUGCAAUAAUGUCAAUAAGCAAUAAAUUGCAUGUUGUAUGCAAGGUAUUGGUACUUCAUAAUAAAGGAAAGGAACACA